AUGAUUCCCGGUGCUGAAACUUUGUUGAAAAACGAAGGUGUCGUGACUGCUCUUCGAAUCGGAGUCGAUGGCAUCGAUGUGAUUAUUCCAUUUCGAGUCACAAAGCCAAUCAAAAGAGAAGACAUUAAGCUGUUUGUCGAUGAUGAAGAGUGGAUCGAAUUUUGUUGGAAUGAGCAUAGUGUUCUCGGCUUCAACUUGUCUCCACUCGCUGAUCGACUCGUUUGGAGCCAGUUUAACAAUCGGCGAUUUCGCUGUCAAUACAAAAAUGAAACAACUGACCUUUUCAUUCAGGCUGCCCAAAUCAUCAACAUCUACAAUGGUAUUCGUUUUACGGCGAAUUGCACUAUGGAAAGUCAUCCACCUUUAUUUUUUGAAGCCAAGAAGUACGAGUUUAAACUCAAAUGUCCGGAAUGUGAUCCAAGCAAAGAUGGUCCUGCAAUCGAUCAUCUGAUUGGAAGAUUGGAAGAUUUUAAAGUCAUGGAAAAUGUGGAAGAAUUUUGGAAAUCAGCAAAGCGAGAUCAUUCACAGUUCUGCAAUUGGAUUGAGCAGUUGAUCAAUGGAGACGAUUUUCGUUUAAGAACUCCGUCUCUCUUCGAAAUUCCUCCAGGAAAAACCUCGACACAAGAAAUUCGAAAUUCAUGGUUCACUGGACCGCGAAUUGUGAUAAUUGUUAUUCUAUUGCUUCUUCUCUUCUCUAUUUUCGUUUUUGUGGUCUUUCGGCUGAAAAAGAAAAGAGCCCCAGUGAGACAAGAGAGCAUUGAGCUUCUCCCAAAUCCAAACUCAUUUGAACAAAUUCUAAUCGCUGGUGGAGCUUAUGGAAACGUACUUGAAUUGGUCGGACACACGCCG